CCCCUUUCAAUCAAGAUGGCCUUGAGCAACCCCAGCGGCGCUAUAGACUCCAAAAAUGAGGUCCCAGCAUCAGCCACCGAACCAGAAGCAGGCACCGGAGGAGGAGAAGUGUUUUCCGUAUUUACACCAUGGCAGAAGCGGUGGAUCUGUUUCGCAGCCUCAUUCGCGGGCAUGUUCUCCACGAUGAGCAGCUACAUCUACUAUCCAGCCCUUGUACCCGUGUCUCUCGAGCUUGGAGUCUCGCUCUUCCUCGUCAACCUGACCGUCACAUGCUAUCUGGUGGUGGCCGGUAUUGCGCCGGCUUUCAUGGGUGACAUGGCGGACCAGAGCGGCCGGAGACCGGUCUACAUGCUCAUGUUCUCCCUGAUGAUAGGCGCAAAUAUAGGCAUUGCUCUGCAGAAGUCGUAUCCUGCACUGUUUGUCCUUCGGAUGCUGCAGAGUGCUGGAUCUUCUGGCUUGUACGGCGCCGCAUACGGGGUAAUAUCUGAUUUUGCAACUGUCGAAGAACGAGGGAACUAUGUUGGCGCCCUGCUACUGAUGACGGAUAUCGCCCCCAGCCUUGGCCCUGUGAUUGGCGGAAGCAUCACUCAACAAGUCGGGUGGAGGUGGAUUUUCUGGUUCCUCGUUAUCAUGACUGGCACCCACUUCAUCGCCAUGCUCCUCUUCUUCCCGGAGACCCAGCGCAGGAUCGUAGGAAAUGGCAGCGCCAAGGUCAGAGGGGUGUACUGGAGCUUCUUCUCCGCGAGGAACCGAGGCUGCGGUUCCCAAAAUGGACAGGUCCGGUUUCCAAACCCGUUGUCAUGCCUCGAAAUCCUGUCUCACAAGGGCUCGUUGGCGGUUAUCAUGAUUACGGCUGUUACGUACGCCGUGAAGAUGGCGCUUCAGACCUCCCUUAGUGCACAGUGUGUUGAGAUAUACAAUCUCAACUACUUGGUUGCAGGGUUGAUAUACCUACCUUCCGGCAUCGGCGGAGGCGUUGCAUCUUAUUUGACAGGCCAAUAUAUCGAUUGGACGUAUCGGGGAAGGGUGAAACAUCUGCAAGACGAGGGCAGCAGCUAUGACGGCUCGGCCUCCCCAGACUUCCCGCUUGAAAAGACACGACUCAAGGGAAUCUACGUUCUGAUCACGAUCAGUGCCCUAGGCACUCUUGGAUACGGCCUUGCGUUGAUGACGCGAACGCACAUCUCUGUGGUGCUCAUCAUGCAGUUCCUCACAGGAUCGACGACGGCUAGCACAUUUACGAUGUGCGGCACCCUCCUCACCGACCUCAACAUCAACAAGUCUGCGACUGCGCAGGCAGCGUCUAAUUUGGUGAGGUGCCUUAGCGCUGGGGCCGCAAUUGCUGCCUUGCAGCCGUUGGUUGACGCGGCAGGGCCAGCGUGGUGUUUCGCCGUCUACGCUAUUGUAGUCUUGCUCGAGGUGCCUCUGGUUUGGCUGCUGCAGCAGCGUGGGGUGAGGUGGAGGAGAGCCCAAUGUGCAGCUUAAGCUCCAACAGAGGGCCCUAUGAGUAACGCUAGUCGUUCAACACGGGGCGACUCGGAUGGUUGGAGUAGAGCUCCAGUGGCUGAUUAGUGGCUAGUGGCAUGUGUUUGCGGUGAAAUACGUCACAACGCUUAUUCUUUUACUAUCCUGAUCGAAGCUGUAGAUAGUCUAAUCAUGCUAAUGUCACU